CUAAAUUCAUUUAUCCACCAAGAUUUCCAAAUUCCAACCAACAUAAUAAAAACGAGAAGAAAGCAAGAAACCCCUUCAAGAAAUUAUAUAAAUAAUUUCCUUCUCUUUUUGUUCAAUGUUCUUCUGAUCAUGAUGUUUUAGCUAUAUUGAUGGUGAUGAGAUCUUGAAUUAGUGUUCUAUAUUCCCAGCAAUGAAUCUUGAUCUGGGAUCAAAUCGUGCUUGGAGCUGUGGGAAUUUGAUUUCAAAGGAACAUUGAUGCAUUACUUGUACUGUUUGAUGACCGUUUGGGUUUGGGAGCAUCAUGUCUGAGAAGCCCGACAGGGGAGAAUCUCUUCUGCGGAAUUUUGAGCCAUUGAGUGUGUCAAAACGUCUAGUCAGAAGUGUUAGCCAGAAGUUUAAGCGGAAGAACCACACGGGUGAAGAGGAGGAACAGGACAAUGCUAGGGGUGUUUCCCUGAGUUGUCUUAGUCUUUACGGUAGGGGUGGGGGUUGUAAAGUGAGUGCUGACAUGGAUGAAGAUCUUGAGGACCCACAAGCUAGAAGACGGUCGAGUGCAAGUGAUGAAAGCAAAGGGUAUGUGGCAGCAUCUGCAAACGAGGAAUCUGCUAUGAAUUGCAUCUCUCACGCAAUGAGGGAGAAAUUCUGGAGGAGGAGUAACCGAAAGGCUUUACAACUUGAAGAAGUAAUACAAAACAAGAGCGUGAAUGUCUUUAUACCAGAUGACAUUCUGGAGAUGUGCUUGAUGAGGCUACCACUCGUUAGUCUGAUGAAUGCCCGGCUUGUGUGCAAAAAAUGGAGAGACUUGACGGCAACGCCUAGGUUUUGGCAGGUGAGACGAGAAGGCUCAUUUCAGAGUCCUUGGUUGUUUCUAUUUGGUGUUGUCAAAAAUGGUUAUUGUUCAGACGAAAUACAUGCACUCGAUGUCUCUUUAAAUCAGUGGCACAAAUUAGACGCAGAGAUACUCAGGGGGAGGUUUCUGUUCUCUGUUGCCGGUGUCCGAGAUGAUGUAUACAUCGUCGGAGGUUGCACUAGUCUUUCUAACUUUGGCAAGGUUGACAAGAGCUCCUAUAAGACACACAAAAGCGUGCUGGUGUUUAGCCCUUUAACUAAAUCAUGGCAUAAAGCAGCAUCGAUGAAAUAUGCAAGAUCAUCACCUAUACUUGGAAUUUAUGAGGUCAGCUCUGAUUACCUAAUUAUCAGGAACCAACAAAUUCGUUCAGAAAGACGAUUCCACAGGUCAAGAAUUGGUAGUUCAUCCGAUGUUUAUGAAGAUCCUCACAGGCUUUCGGUCAGACUUGAAUUCAGACACUCCCUUGAUGAAAAUGACCUCUCUUUCUUGCCCAGUAUGAAGUCAUACAAGUUUAUCAGACAAAAAAGUGGGCACUCCAAUAAAGAUAACAGACGGUUUGUACUGAUUGCCAUAGGCGGUCUCGGAUGUUGGGACGAGCCUUUAGAUUCAGGGGAAAUUUACGAUUCUGUAUCAAAUAAAUGGACAGAAAUCCAGAGGCUGCCUGUUGAGUUUGGUAUUGCUUGUUCAGGUGUCGUUUGUAACGGGAUGUUUUAUGUUUACUCAGAAACAGAUAAGCUUGCUGCGUUUGACAUAGAAGGGGGUUACUGGAUCGGAAUCCACACUACCCCUCCUCCCCGGGUUCAUGAGUACAACCCCCGACUUAUUUCCUGCAACGACCGCCUGUUAAUGCUUUCAGUCUCCUGGUGCGAGGGGGGUGAUCAAAUAGGCAGGAGAAACAAAGCGGUAAGGAAGUUAUGGGAGCUUGAUCUUAGGUAUCACACUUGGAUUGAAGUCUCCACUCAUCCCGACGCUCCCAUGGAUUGGUAUGCUGCAUUUGUCUCGGAUAAAACCAUGAUAUUUGGAGUGGAAAUGUUCAAAAUAUUUGGACAGGUCCUGGACUUCCUGACAGUUUGUAACGUAUCUGAUGGCGAAACAAACUGGAGGCAUAUCUCAAGGAAUCACGUGGCUCGUCAGCUUGAUGCAACCUCGUGCAUGACAAAAUCAGUGGCGGUUCUACACUUGUGAUUAGGAACCUUUGGAUGGAUCAUUUCACGAUAUUUGAAACUUAACCCACCCCACCGGGGCUCAUGGUAUCUGCUCUUCAUGUUACUGUUUUGCUAUAUUCAGUCUGCAUUGAGAAGUACACAUUUGAUGAUAAAUUGUUAACUGGCUCAUAUUUAUAUUCUCUCUUUUCAUAUUUAUAUAUAUAUAUUCUUUAAAUGAUGUAUUGCCCUCUUGUAUUCGUUUGUGAUAGAAAGAAUAAUUUAUGGAGUUGUUGGUUUAGCAUAUUGUAAACUGUGGUGUUUGGUGGAAAAAUCAUCCAAUAAUAGAUUUUUCAAUGUUUGAUCUGAGAA